AUGGUUAAUUCAUCUGAUGUUCCUCCACCUCUACCUCUAGACUGGACGGAACAUACAUCGCCAGCAGGUGAUAAAUAUUAUUACAAUUCGGUUACAAAGAAUUCGACAUACACAAGGCCUCGAAUACAAGAAAUUCAUCCCAUCCUACCUGUAAAUGCCGCUGGUCCUGCCGAUUAUUAUCAAGCAGGUUACUUUCCUGGCACACAUCAGUAUGACCAGUCUCAAGGACAAUAUUAUCAGACACAGGGACCGCAUCACCCAUUUCAGUCACACCACCAGUCUCAAGGAUAUAACUCGCCUCAGGUAGCGCAUAGCCAAUUUCAACACAAACUUGGCGAGUCUCAGGGAGGCCCAGCAUGGAAAAUAUUUCGAGGUGGACAAGGUGGACCAACUCACAGAAGGCCCAAUAUCCGCUACGAUCGAAGACGGCGCCGUGGCCCAGACAGACCGGUUUCUGUCCGCAAUAUUGACUGUGAACCAUGGAUUCUCGUGAAAACUACACUUGGAAGACGGUUUGUUCACAACACCGAGACCAAGGAAAGUUAUUGGAAGAUUCCAGAAGAGAUAUUAGAAACCGUCAUCAAGCAUGACCGCUUGCGUCCUGGAGAUCCCACACCAGGUUCGAAGGAAUUGACCAAAUCUCUCGAAGAACACGAAGGUGGGGAGGCCACCGAAGAUAGCGACGAGUAUGAAGAGGUCGAAGCCGACGACGAUGAGGGCGAAGUUCAGCCGUCAAAGCGUGCACGGGCUGAGAGUGAGGCUCCUGAGUUCGAGUUCACAGAGGAAGAUAUGGCAUGGCAACUUGCAGAGAUGGAAGAAGAAGGCGGUCUAGAUGAAGAGUAUCAGACGAUUGAAGAUGAGACGUUGUCAAUCUCCAAAGCCGAGAAUGAAGAGGCUCAGCGGUUGGAGAAUGAGAGGCUGGCUUCGAUCAAAGCUGAGACUGACAAAGCGGCUGAAAACGACUUCCGUCACCUACUCGAAGAAGCCCAAAUUGACCAUUUUUCGCCGUGGCGCGAGGUCUCUUAUGACAAAAAGCUCAUUAACGAUCCCAGAUAUGCCGCAGUGGAGCCGAAAACCCGCAAAGUUUUCUUCGAGCAGUGGCACAGAGAUCGCAUGACGCAAAUCCGCAAGCUCAAAGAAGCUCAAAUCCAGGCCCAAGAAAAGAAGGACCCCAAGUUGCAGUACUUAGAGUUUCUCCAGCAAUAUGCGACACCCAAGCUGUACUGGCCGGAGUUCAAACGCAAGUAUCGAAGACAACCAGCAAUGAAGGAGUACGAGUUCGACGACAAAAAUCGCCAAAAGCUCUUUCACGAAUAUAUCUCUCGAUCCAAGCUUCCAGAAAGUACACGCAAGUCAGAUCUUUCAGCCUUGUUGAAGUCCGCCCCGCUGCAUGCUCUUAACCGUUCCUCCAAUCUCGACAGCCUUCCAACAAUGAUCAUCUCAGAUAUUCGGUACGUUGUGCUUCCUGAAAAAGUGCGAAACCCCUUGAUCGAAACCUACAUUUCAACACUUCGACCGCCUCCGGAACAGAUGCAGACUGCCGAGUAUUACGAAGAACAAGAUCGGAACCGGAUUCAGAGCGAGAAACGUGCAAAGGCUCUUGCAGAGCGAGAGAGAAUUGUUUCAGAAGAUAAACGCCGACACCAGGGAGAUCUUUCCCGAAGCAAACAGCUUCUCAGAGAAAGUGAAGCUGUCGUUGCCGAGGCCAUGAUCGUCCGAAAGAAUAGCUUAUCGAGUUACAUGGAUGUCGACACAAAAUCGACUGCAGCGGAAGAAAAGCGAGACACCGAAUAA